CGCUGAACCAGUCGGCCUAUGGCACUUUCCAGGCCUUGAUUAUAAACAUGUCGACUUUGAACGAGUCUCAAUCGAGUACGGACGACGAUGAAGAGAAUUUGGAAGCAUUAAAAGAAGCUACAGACUCUCAGUUUUUAAAAGAUUCCUUAUUUUACAACAAGUCAGAAACUGGAAAUGAUGUAGAAGCUGAAAAAUCUGUAUUACCAAAAUCGUUGCGGAGAAACGUCGAAUUGAUGGAAGAAUAUAACAAAUUUGGAGUGUCUCAAGAUUUUAAAAAUUUUGUUGCCAAACAGCUAGCCAAAUCUUUAGAUAAAUCUGUCCAAGAAGUCGUCUACAAAAAUGGCAGCGUUUCAAAGCCCAAGAAAAGUAAGAAAAAUACAUCAGGGAUAAGAUUAUUGAGGGACUCAAAAGUAAAUUUAAGCCACAUUGAGGAGGAAAAUUUCAACCAUAAUAUAAAAUAUAGAAGAAAAACUGAGGAUAAAAUCAAUUUGGAUGAGCACAUUUCUAGGUGUGCAGAAGCUGCCAUUGAACCAGAUUUGAUUUUAUCCAAAGCCAGUACUUCAGCGUGGGCAGACACAACAAAAGGAACUUUAUACAAAUAUAAAACACAGGAUAACAGAGUUCUGACAGAAAUCAGUUAACACUAAACUCCAACUGUCUUUUCUUUGUCAGAUAAUUUGUAAGUUUGUAUUUUGCUGUGAAAUUAAGUUUCAAAUAUAAAGGUAUCAAAACUUUGAGUUCAAGUCCUCAAAGAAGAUGUUAAUAAUAGAUUGAAUGAAUGUUAUUGAUAAAGUUUACUUGCAAUCUUUAUUGAUAUAAAUUCACCUAAAAGACCAACAAAUUAUAAGUAAAUUAUCGAGUUAAUUAUCUUCAACAGUCAACCUACCAUUAUGUUUAAUAAUUUAGUAAUAUAAUUUUUCCAAUAGAUAUAGUAAAAGAGCUAGUAAACAAUACAGAACCAAAAACCAUACAUUAAUUCAAGUAGGAUAUAUUUAUCCAUCUGUUAUUUUUAUCAGGGAAGGCUCGCGAGGUAUGAUCUUAUUGACGAUUCAUCCGAACUAUGAAGUUAUAGGCAGUGCUCACGAGCUGCGAUCUUGUUUUUAGGAUUGGUCGAUAUAUAGAUUUCACAAUGAAGAUGGUGAUCUGAAUAAUUUUAUAUUCAAUUUACCUUGCGUCAUAUAUUCCUAUUAUUUUUGUUUUCAGGUUGGGUGUUGAUAUUAUUGAAAUAUUUUAUCACCCAAGGUUUACUAAUAAAUUAAAGAUUAUUAUAGAUAUGUUUUAUUUGAUGCCAUUCCAUAAUAUGCUUGUACGAUCAAAAUGAUACGUUAAUUAUUAUUUACUCCAAUUACAUUAUUCCUACAAUGCCAGGACGUAAGUUUUGCUCUGGAACCGAACUAAUCCUAUCGCUGUAAUUUGAAACUGAAAUCAUAUUUUAAUUCCUCAAAUACGAAACAUGGUUGAUAUUGCUUGGCACCUCGGUAUAAUACAAAUAAUUAUAAUACAAAUAUGAAAUACCAUAGUACAUUUAAUAUUCUGAUUCAUACACAGGUAUAUACAUGUAUAUAUACACAUAUAUAUAUAUAUAUAUAUAUACACAUAUACACACUUUUUUUUAUUAUAACAGUAAUAUUGUUACCAAUUAUUAGCGUUUCUUUUAUUUGUGUCCAAUUUACCAGACAUCUUUCACAGCCUAUCCAAAUAGUGUGCAACCACCAUACCUCGCUGCGGAGAGCAAAUCUCCGUAUCUUCAUGUCGUAAUAAUAUAGUUUCCUACAACUUAAAACUUCUAACUAAAUGACAAACGAAUAUAAUUAUUAAUUUAGAUACAAUUGGAAUAACAUUGACCUGAAAUAUUUUAUAAUUUUUUUCCACGAUUUUGUUUUAGUUUCUUUCUUUUUGAAACUUUUCUCUGCUGUUUCUCUUUACUCCUUCUGAAUAUUCGUAAAUGUUUGUUUGUUUGCUUUUUGUAUAAAUUAUUCUAGUAAUAAAUAUUUCAUCACUUAAUAGACCUAAAUUUACUUUUGUUGAAAUCUUUAACUUCAUCGUCUGCAUUUUGUUUAUUUUUUUUAUUUAUUUAUAUAUAAACUUAAUUAUGUAUAAAU